GCACCAAAGCCACAAUCUAAACCAAGUCCCAAUAGUCCCUUUCUUCCAUUUUUCUCUUAUAGCUAUCUAGCUAAGGAAAAAAUGGGUGCCAAAAUUCCAAUUCUCUUUGUUUUUAUAAUAAUGUUGUUUGCUUUAAGUUCAGCCCAUCCAAGCAAGAGAAAGCAAUACACACCAUGCAAAAACCUAGUCCUUUAUUUUCAUGACAUAAUUUACAAUGGAGAUAAUGCAGUUAAUGCAACAUCUUCAAUAGUAGCAGCUCCACAAGGUGCUAAUUUAACAAAAUUAGCAACCCAAUUUCACUUUGGUAACAUAGCAGUUUUUGAUGACCCUAUCACAUUGGACAAUAACCUUCAUUCAAAAACAAUUGGAAGAGCACAAGGCUUUUACAUUUAUGAUACCAAAAACACAUACACUUCUUGGCUUGGUUUCACAUUUGUUCUUAAUAGUACUUAUCAUCAAGGAACCAUUACUUUUGCUGGUGCUGACCCAAUUAUGCAGAAAAGUAGAGAUAUUUCAGUGACUGGUGGUACUGGUGAUUUUUUUAUGCAUAGAGGUAUUGCUACUAUUAUGACUGAUGCAUUUGAAGGCGAGGUUUAUUUUCGACUUCGUGUUGAUAUUAAGUUUUUCGAGUGUUGGUAAGUUACUAUAAAUUUUAUAUUACCAUAUGUAUCAUAACUGAUGCAUUUGAAGGUGAAUGUGAAGUUUAUGACCAAUGGUAAUAUAAAAUUAAGCUAUAAUAAUUGCUGAAAGCAAAUACAUUAAGAAGUUAUUAAUGUUCAUUUUCAUUUUUGGGGCAUGUAAUAUGAUAGCUAGUGUGUGGCUCUGUUCUGGGGGGUGUAUCAGUGAAAUGAGGUGUUGUAGCUUGUUUCUAUAGGAUAUUUUGGUCUACAAAUUUGAGAUGUUUCUAUAUUGGUUUUGGUCCAAUUUGCUUUGCUGGGUGUGUUUAACUGCCUGUGCAGUUUGUAAUCUCCUUUAGCUCUUCUCUUCUCGGGUACAUUUUGUACUUUGAGUGAGCGGUCUAAUAAAGUUUGUUUUUUGAUAAGGUA